UACGCAGUGACGUCACAGACAGAGAAGAUGGCGGCUGUGCUGAAGGCGGAAGCGGGGCAGUGUGGGCGGCCGUGUGUUGUGUGAGACUCAUCCUGCAUGGACUCGUCGCCAUGAGCAACAAGGAGAUGGUUUCCACAGAGACAGAAAACAAAGGACAGAGGAAGGUGUUUCUUCCUAACAAGCUGUUGGAGUGUCUCCCUCGUUUGUCCAGUCUGCCUAACGAACGCCUCAGAUGGAACACUAAUGAGGAGAUAGCUUCUUACCUGAUAUCAUUUGACAGACAUGAUGAGUGGCUCUCCUGCAGCCUGAAAACCAGGCCAAAGAACGGCAGCAUCAUCCUGUACAACAGGAAGAAGGUGAAGUACAGGAAGGAUGGAUACUGCUGGAAGAAAAGGAAGGAUGGAAAAACGACGAGAGAGGACCACAUGAAGCUGAAGGUCCAGGGCAUGGAGUGCCUGUAUGGUUGCUACGUCCAUUCCUCCAUCGUGCCAACAUUCCACAGACGAUGCUACUGGCUGCUGCAGAACCCAGACAUCGUGCUGGUCCACUACCUGAACGUGCCGUCCCUGGAGGAUUCUGGGAAAUGCAGUCCGCUGCUGUGUGCGGUGGCCGACCGCCACGACAGUGUGAGGUGGAGCCGAGACGACCUGCUGAACCAGCUGAAGCCCAUGUUUCACAGUAUGAAGUGUUCAGUGGGAUCAGGUGAUUUCAGUAUUGAAGAGUUGGUUCAACACAUUCUGGACCGGCAGAGAACCAAACCACAGCCGCGCACACACGCCUGCCUCUGUAACACCGCCCAGGUAUCUUCAGGAGUGAACAUUCCCCACCGAUGUAACAGCACCAAGCAUCGCAUCAUCUCCCCCAAACUGCCUCCCUCCUCCUGCAGACCCUCCCCCUCCCCCCUCUCGUCUGAGGCGGGGGAGGCAGGGCGAGGAGGAGGAGGAGGAGGAGGAGGAGGAGAAGCCAAACUGCCCCACCUCCAGGCUCAGAGCAGCCCCGUCUCCUCUCCCUGCCCCUCGUCCACCGCGACCUCGUCGCCUCCUCAGCCGCACAGAGCCACCAUCACCAUGGGUAACCACGGCAAUGGCUUUUACAGUGACCACCGCGGCAACCUGACGACGGUGGCGCUGCCCCAGAACGCCGUGCUUGUCAUGGCAACAACUACCAGCAUCGCAGGAAGAGGGGGGCAGGGGGGAGGAGGGGGAGGCGGUGAGGAAGCGGGGCCAGGCAGGAGCCUGUCGCUCACCCACUCUGGACAGUUACUGCUCUCCCCCGCUCUCUCCGCUCCUACCGGCGGGCCCACUUCCCCUUCUCCUCCCUCCUCCUCUUCCCCCGUUCCCCCCUCCCUCCCCCCUCCUCCCGUCCAGGCGCCGGGGGUGGCCACCCUCUCCCUCACCCUCCUCCCUUCGCCUGUCAUCGGAGGCCUGCUCCUCACCCCCUCCUCCUCAAACACCUCCUCCUCCUCCCUCCGUUCGCCGCCUCCUCCUGCUGCCGCCUCUCCUCCCUCUCCCCCUUCCACCCCCUCACCGCCCCCAGCUCCCCCCUCCCUCCCCCCUGCCUUUGACCCUGACUCUUUCCUCAACUCCCCCAAACAGGGUCAGACAUACGGCGGCCCACCUCCUCCCUCCUCCUCCACCCCAUCCCCUGCCCUCUGCUCCUCCUCAUCCCCCCUCUCUCCCCCCUCCCUCGCUCUCUCACUGUCCCCCACCUCCACCCCUCCCUCCUCUGUAUCCCCUCCCUCCUCCCUCUCCUCCCUCUCCUCCUCUUCCUCCUCCUCUGAGGCAGACAGGAGAGACUCAGCUCUCCCCCUCUCCUCCUCCUCUUCAUCCUCCUCCCCGCCCUCGUCCUCCCUUCCCCCAUCCCUCUCUCUCUCCUUGUCUCCCACCUCCUCUGUGGCUCCACCCCUCCUACCUCUCUGCCUGGAGCUGGGAGCACUUGGGGAAUCGGAGGGGGGGAGGCAGGAAGAGGAGGGGAGGAAAGAUGAGGAGGAGGUGAAGGAUAGGAGAGACGACGACGACGACGAUGAUGAUGAUGAAGGCAGCGCUCCUCCCACUAAGCUGGCUCUGCUGCAGACAAGCCACGCUUCCUCCUGCUCGUCUCCACGGCAACAGACAGGAAGUAGCACCGCUUCACUGCUCCUGGUUUGCCAGGACUCAGCGAGCCAACCCACCCAGCCGGCCAAUGAGACGCAGCGACAGGCCACCGGACAGCUGCCGUUGGUCCUGGAACAGCCCUACGAUCACCUGCCUGCACCUGAUGCUGACUCCACCUCUGCCGCUGUCGCCAUGGAUACAACUCAUCUGGCGACGCCCCCAGUCCAGGUAAAGGAGGAGAGCAGGCGGGGCUACGACUCAGAGGACACCUGCAUGGACACGCAGCUGGAGGAGGAAGCGGAGCCCUGCGAGCGUGGAGGGGAGGAGCUGGACAUCUCCUUCGACAGCCAGUUUCCUGAUCUCAUCUCUGACCUCAUCACCGAGGAGGCCAAUCCCGUUGCAGCUCAUCCCGCUGCCAUACCUGCCGCUACGCCGAACCCGGCCGUGUUCCCGGCGGGGGUCCGCUACAUGGUGCCCCCCCAGCCCUCCCCCUCCUCGUCCUUCCUCCCCUUCCCUCACCCACUGCCCUCCUCCUCCUCCACCCGCCUUGCCUCCAUCACAGACUUCUCCCCUGAGUGGUCCUACCCCGAGGGAGGUGUUAAGGUAUUGAUCACAGGACCGUGGAGCGAGCUGUCGGGUCGAUACUCCUGUGUCUUCGAUCAGAGCACUGUCCCCGCCUCGCUGAUCCAACCUGGAGUCCUGCGCUGCUACUGUCCAGCCCAUGAGGCCGGUCUGGUGUGUCUGCAGGUUCUGGAGUCCGGAGGUUCUGUUUCCUCUUCAGUUCUGUUUGAGUAUCGAGCGAGGAACGCCAGCUCUCUGCCCAGCUCGCAGCUCGACUGGCUCUCAUUGGACGAUAAUCAGUUCAGGAUGUCCAUCCUUGAGCGGCUGGAGCAGAUGGAGCGCAGGAUGGCAGAGAUGGCUGCCCGCGACAACAACCAGCAGCAACACCAUCAUCAUCAUCAACAACAGCAACAUGGCAACCAACUGGCCACGCCCCCUCCCCCGCCCCUACCUGAGGACCACGAACAGUCCUCUCAGUGGUUUGAGAGGAGGAUUGUGGGAGUGUGUGAGAGGAUGAUGAGAGGAGGACGGUGGGGAGGAGGAGGAGGAGGAGGGGAGAGGCUUCAUCACUCCGUCCGUCACCGUGGGAUGACACUGCUCCACCUGGCUGCUGCACAGGGAUACACACACCUGAUACACACUCUGAUCCACUGGAGGUUUUAA